AUGUCGGGCACUAUGGAGAACUAUCAGAAAAUCGAGAAGAUCGGCGAGGGCACUUACGGCGUGGUCUACAAGGCCCGGGAACUUAACCACCCCAACCGUAUCGUUGCCCUGAAGAAGAUCCGUCUCGAGGCCGAGGAUGAAGGCGUUCCCAGCACCGCAAUUCGCGAGAUUUCUCUUCUCAAAGAGAUGCAGCACCCCAACAUCGUUCAGCUGCACAAUAUUGUCCAUGCCGAUGGCCACAAGCUCUACCUCGUUUUCGAGUUCCUGGAUCUCGACCUCAAGAAAUACAUGGAGGCUCUGCCCGUCAGUGACGGUGGACGAGGAAAGCCCCUGCCCGAUGGUUUCAAGGCGGGUGCAAGCCUGGGCCUGGGCGAGGCAAUGGUCAAGAAAUUCAUGUCUCAGCUGGUAGAGGGCAUCCGCUACUGCCACAGUCACCGAAUUCUGCACCGUGACUUGAAGCCGCAGAACUUGUUGAUCAACCGUGAUGGAAAUUUGAAGUUGGCCGAUUUCGGUCUGGCUAGAGCUUUCGGUGUUCCCCUUCGCACCUACACCCACGAGGUUGUUACACUGUGGUACCGCUCCCCGGAAAUUCUGCUCGGUGGUCGCCAAUACUCCACGGGCGUUGACAUGUGGUCAGUGGGUGCAAUCUUCGCCGAGAUGUGCACACGCAAGCCUUUGUUCCCCGGUGACUCUGAAAUUGACGAGAUCUUCAAGAUCUUCCGUAUCCUCGGUACUCCCGGCGAAGAUAUCUGGCCCGGCGUGACCUCAUUCCCCGACUACAAAUCCACCUUCCCCAAGUGGAAGCGUCCUGACACUGAGAUUGUCCCCGGCCUGGAAGAAGCUGGCUGUCAGCUCCUGGAGUCUCUGCUCGAGUUUGACCCUGCCCACCGACUCUCAGCUAAGCAGGCUUGCCUUCACCCGUACUUCCGUAACGGCACCGCAUACUACUCCGAACGUGGCCAAACCAACGGCUUCCACUAG